CUUUGACAGAUAGCCUAACCUAAAAAUCCGAUAUCAUUUCAUAACCAAGUUAUUUUUGGUGUUGCAUGUAAUUUAACACUCGAAAUGGCUUGCAGAAUUUUAAGAAAACAGCCCCUAAAGCUGGGCCACAACAUAAUAAGGGCACAGUCUACAAUGUCAGCCUUUGAAAUCCAGCACAAAACUCCAUUAAUAAGAAAAACCGAACCAAUCCCAGUGGCUUUGUAUGGGGGCAGAAAUGCAGUAACGAUGCUUCCUGGUGGAGGUAUUGGCCCUGAACUGAUGGGUUAUGUGAAAGAGGUCUUUAAAUAUGCCGGCGCGCCAGUGGACUUUGAAGUCGUCGAAAUCGACGAAAAGUCGGAAGACAACGACGACUUAGAUUACGCUAUAACCUCAAUCAAGAGAAAUGGGGUUGCCAUUAAGGGUAACAUUGAAACAAAAAGUGAAAGUGCCAAUGUUACAUCAAGAAAUGUUGCUAUAAGAAACGAGCUGGAUUUGUAUGUGAAUGUUUUAAAUUGUAAGUCAUAUCCAGGAGUACCAGCCAGACAAAGCAACAUCGAUGUGGUUAUUAUUAGGCAAAAUACUGAAGGUGAAUAUGCUAUGUUGGAACAUGAGAGUGUGGAUGGGGUGGUAGAAAGCAUGAAAGUUGUAACCAAGUCAAACUCUGACAGAGUAGCCAGAUUUGCUUUUGAAUAUGCUAAAAAAAAUGGCAGGAAGAAGAUCACAACCAUCCACAAAGCCAACAUCAUGAAACUCUCUGACGGUUUAUUCUUGGAAACCUCCAAAAAAAUCGCCAAGGAAUAUCCAGAAAUAGAACACAAUGACAUGAUUAUCGAUAACUGCUGCAUGCAGCUUGUAUCAAACCCUCAUCAAUUCGAUGUCAUGAUUAUGACAAAUUUAUAUGGCAGCAUUGUUUCAAAUGUUGUUUGUGGAGUAAUUGGUGGAGCUGGAUUAUUAUCCGGUAAAAAUUAUGGCGAUCAUUAUGCUAUUUUUGAACCUGGUACCAGAAACACUGGCACAGCAAUUGCCGGAAAAAACAUAGCAAACCCAAUUGCCAUGCUGAAUGCAUCAGUGGAUAUGUUACGUCACUUGGGGCACUCUCAACAUGCUGAAUUAAUACAGAGAGCCAUCAAUAGGACAGUUAGUGAAGAUCAUAUUCACACCCCAGAUUUGGGUGGUUCUGCCAAAAGCACAGACGUUGUCUCCAGAAUAAUCGACCAUAUUAUGCAAGACACAAGACAUUGGUAAAACAUAUAAAAUAUAAAACUAAUAUGUGUUGUCUAUUUUGCUUUUGUACUAACAUGUAACAUGUUUUGUUCUAUUUUAAUGUAUUCAGGAAUGGCUGUUUGCUUUUAAUAUAGGUGAUGGAUCAAACUAACAAUGCACAAUUACCCCAGCUAGCUGGGCACAUACUCGUACAUUUCCCAAUUAAAUUGCAGUAUUAUAAUACAUUUUUUGUAAAGUUCCUUAUUAGUUUUUUUUAUUUACAGAGCACCAUGCAACUGUUAAUAAUGUACAAUAUAUACCAUGUGUAUAUAAACAAUAAGUAUUUAACCUUUUCUAAAGAGAAUAUGUAAUAUAUGACAAGUAAUAAUUUAAUGUAAUUAUUUAUUUAAAUGAAUAAAUAUUGUUCCUUACUAA